AUAAGAAGGUAUACUAUCGAAAGAAGAAAGGAAAAGUAGCGGGAGAAGCCGUUGAAUGAAACUGCGGUUACUCAUUUAAAUAAAGAAGUUGGGAAGCUUCUACUUCAGAGAGAGGCUUUGCAGUUGCGGAGCUGAAAGGCAACUCGAAGACUAUAAAUAUAGAGUAGUUCUGUUACGAGUCUUUUAUGCUUUGAUCUUGAUUGUACUAGACGUUAUGAGUCUAUACUUCACAGUCGCUAUGAGACUGGUGAUGAGUGCUUAGUUCGUUAUGAGAACUUGAGUGCUUAUCACAAUCAGAGCUGUAACUCCAUUUGAUUCAAUAAGAAGAACGGUAUUAUUCAGUUACAUAGAUCGAGAGUCUAUCAUUGGUGCGGCGAAACUGGUCGGAGCCACCGCGACGCUGCGAGAUGGUGGAAACGCGUAACGGAGGUGAUCGAGAGAAGUCGACGAUCGGAGAGUCAGCAAAAUCGAUGGAUCUUCAACAGAUUCAAGACGAGAUGGAGCUGACGAAGCACAAUUACGAGAAGCUUGCUCGGAGCGAGCGAGCAGCGACGGCGAAGUUCGAGUCGCUGGAGAAGAAGAUGGAAUCGAUGGGAGAGGAAUCGAAUUCGAGAUUUGGAGCUCUGGAACAGAAGAUGAGCGUUAUUACGGAUAUGCUGACGCGAUUCGAAGAAACGGCGAUGUUCACUCAACGGCCGGGGAAAGAAAUCGCUUCAGCGUCGCAACCUCCGGUUGAUCAGGUACCGUUAUCUCGUACUCAACCGGAACAAUCUCCAACACAUUUAGGUUAUCGGAGAAUUCAAGAUUCGAUUGCAUCUCGUGAUAAAAUGUUGAGAAAGAUAGAAAUGCCUGUGUUCUCUGGUCCUUUGCCUUUCGAUUGGAUCUCCCGUGUGGAGCGUUUUUUCAGGUACGGUAACUACAACGAGGAAGAAAAGCUUCAGUUGGUAUCUCUAAGCCUAGAGGGGCCAGUGUUACAAUGGUUCAACGGAGAGGUUAUCAGCGAACCAUUCUUCAGUUGGGAUCAGUUUACGCAGAGGAUGUUGGACAGGUUUGGAGGUCCUAUUGAUAAUGACCCGGCAGCAAGAUUAUUUCGCUUACAACAAGAAGGCGAGAUUAAGGAUUACGUGAAUGAGUUUGAAGCAUUGAGGAAUCAAGUAACAGGGGUGGAUGAAAAGAACUUGAUAAAGAUAUUCUUUAACGGUUUGAAACCAGAUAUGAAGGAGGUUAUCCGCAUGAAAGAGCCGGUUACGUUAACUCAACAUAAGCUGGCGGUAUUAAAAAUGCAGAGUACUACGUUUUGUCGAGUGAUAAGCUCGGCUGCUAGUGAAGGGCGGGGAGGCUAUCAAAGACAAACGGCAGUAACUCGUGCUGCUACGAACACUAAUAAGCCACAGACUGAAGCUCUCAAGUUUGGGUCAACGGCAAACAAGGAAAAUGUAGCGCCACAACGAGAUGCUAUGAGACCAAGAUUACAACAUACAGAUGCCGAACUGGAUCGCAUGAGAAAAGACAAGGUCUGUUUCAAAUGCAAAGCACCCUGGACACCAGCUCACAAGCCGCUCUGUCCUAAUAGACAACUACGUGUUUUAACGGUGAUCAACGGACUACAGCUUGAGGUGUGUGAUUCUGAUGGAGAAGAGGAAGAUCAAGCCUCUAAAGCGACACAAAUCUUACAUACGUUGUCACUGAACUCUUACCUAGGCAUCGACUCCCCGAGAACAACUAAGAUGAGGGGAUUUAUACAAGACAAAGAGGUGAUAGUCAUGCUCGAUAGCGGAGCAUCACACAAUUUCAUCUCACCGGAAAUUGUGGACAAGCUACGAUUGAAAGUUUGUGCAGAUAGUAGCUUGGACGUGUUGUUGGGAAACGGAGUGACUGUAAAAGCCUCGGGAGUUGGCCAAGCAGUUACUUUCCGGUUAAAUGACACCAACUUCACAAGUGACUUCAUCUCUCUUGAACUGGGGAACGUAGAUGUGAUACUCGGCGUUCAAUGGCUUGAAACGUUAGGUACGUGCGAAGUAGACUGGAAGGAGCAGGUCUUUUCGUUUACCUACGACGGGAAAAAUGUUACUUUGUAUGGCGAUAAGUCCCUACAUUGUACCAAAUUUUCUUUCAAGUCAUUGAAACCAGUCUAUACAGUUAGCAAGUCAGGAAGAGAAGCGCUGCUUGCUACCUCUAUAGCUACAUCUUCGUUUCCAGAAGUUCGUCCUACACUCUCUGAGAUACUCCAAGAAUUCGCUGAUGUUUUCAAGGUUCCUACAACACUUCCACCGUUCAGGGGAAAGGAACACGCGAUCAUUCUACAACCUGGAGUAUCUUCCGUUUCUGUUCGACCGUACCGAUAUCCUCAUGCAAGUAAAAUUGCUAUGGAACAGAUGGUGAACGAAAUGCUUACAAGUGGAAUAAUCAGACCAAGUACCAGUCCCUUCUCAAGUCCUGUUUUGCUAGUAAAGAAGAAGGACGGGUCACUACGUUUUUGUGUGGACUAUAGGGCACUGAAUAGAGCUACAGUGUUGGAUAAAUACCCUAUUCCAGUCAUUGAUCAACUGCUCGACGAGUUACAUGGAGCCACGAUCUUUACAAAAUUGGACUUGCGUUCGGGUUAUCAUCAGAUCAGAAUGGUAGAAGCUGAUAUUGCGAAGACAGCUUUUCGGACUGUGGAGGGUCAUUAUGAGUUUCUAGUGAUGCCUUUUGGCCUCACAAACGCACCGGCCACAUUCCAAGCUCUCAUGAAUCAGGUCUUCAAACCAUUUCUCCGAAAGUUUGUUCUCGUUUUCUUUGACGAUAUUUUGGUAUACAGUAGAGACGAGGAAAGUCAUGCGGAACACAUCCGUUUGGUCCUACAAGUGCUGCGUGAACAAACUCUAUUCGCUAACCAGAAGAAAUGUUCUUUUGGAGUGUCGUCAGUUGAGUAUUUGGGUCACAUGAUAUCAAAGGAGGGGGUAGCAACAGACUCUGCAAAGAUCAGUGCAAUGCAAGAAUGGCCGGAACCGAAAACAGUGAAACAGCUGCGUGGAUUUUUAGGCUUGACAGGCUACUAUCGGAAGUUCAUCAGAGACUAUGGCAGCAUUGGUCGACCAUUGACGGAAUUACUGAAGAAAGAUCAGUUUUGCUGGUCCCAGUUAGCACAGGAAGCGUUCAGCAAACUGAAGUAUGCUAUGGUCCAUGCCCCUGUGUUGGCCUUACCGGAUUUUAAUAAAACAUUUGUUAUUGAGUCAGAUGCAUCGGGAUUUGGCUUGGGAGCAGUAUUGAUGCAAGAUAAACGGCCUAUAGCGUUUUUAGUCACGCUUUGACGCCAAGAGAACAUCAAAAACCGGCUUACGAACGAGAACUUAUGGCGAUAG